AUGGCACACAAAGCACGUACAACUAUUACCAAGGCCGAGCAGAGUGCUCUCAAAACACUGAGGGCUGACACCAGCAUCGUGAUUCUACCAGCAGACAAAGGGCGCUCCACAGUUGUGAUGGAUCAGGCAGACUACAUUCAGAAAGGCAAUGCCCUACUGGAGGACCGACAGGCGUACCUACCAUGUAACGAUGAACCGAUGAGGAAGCUGGUGACGCAACUGGACAAGACACUCGCCGACAUGCAAACCAGCAAGACAAUAAAUAAAUCGUUACGACUGGCCAUUAAGCCAAUAGACGCGGCCGCACCACGCUUUUACGGACUGCCAAAGGUACACAAAGCCGGGGUGCCCCUCCGGCCGAAACCUGAGGUCUCUCACCUCGGACGCGGGCACGACGGUCUGUUCAGCGACUCAGUUCCUGGAGCGGAUCAAAGGGAUGAGACUUACCGAAGACUAGGCCAUGGUGUCAUUCGACGUCACUUCUCUUUUCACAUCGAUUCCGAAAGACCUGGCAGUCGAAACGGUCAGCGAGCUGCUCGAGAGUCAGUACGACGAGACGGGCGUGACGAUAAAACGGAGACAUCUCGUCCAGUUGCUGAGAUUCUGCCUGAAGACGUACUUUACCUUCGAAGGUACGACCUAAGAGCAGGUCAAGGGGACGCCAAUGGGAUCGCCGCUCUCGGGCUUCAUCGCAAAGUCAGUUCUUCAAAAAGUAGAGACCCUAGUCUUCGCAGCCUAUAA